GGCGACGGUGGCGCCGCGGACGGCAUGUGGUUUGUAUUGGUCUGGCCCACGAGGACGCCAGCUGUGUUAUGGGGGGAGUAAAGUGAGGAGUUAUUAGUGUUUCAUUACGUUGAUAGUUAGACGUUGUCAGUGGAUAUGGGUAGAAAGGGCAACUUUGAGGAGAAGGUUAAGAAGGGACCAGGACGGAAGGCCAAGAAACAGCAGAAUCCUGUGUUUGGCUUCAAGCUCAAUGAGCUGGAUGGGGAAGAAAAGAAGUUGAGUAGACGACAAAAGGUACGCGCCACAAAACGAACCAAUGAGACCAGUAAAGUUGUGCAACCAGCAAAGAAACUCAAGAAGACUUUGCCUCCACCAGAAGAGAAUGAGUUGGACAGUGAAGGUGAAUACCAAGACAGUUCUGAUGAGAUGGAGGAAGGAAGCCCCACAGUGAAGGACACUAAACAACCACAAAAUAAGACCAAAUUUGCACUCUUUGAAAAUGACGAUGAGAGUGCAGAAGACACUGAGGAAGGUGAUGACAGCGAUGAGAGCGAGGGUGAUGAUGACAGAGAUAAUUAUGGUGACGAUGAUGAUGAUGAUGGUGAUGGUGACAUUGAAAAAUCAUCAAAAAAGCUGGAAAAAAAAGAGAAGGCAAAAAUUGCUGCAGGUGAUGCAUACCUGGAGGAGUCGGCAGCAAAUAUUGGAGUGCAGAUUCCCAGCCUUGAGGAAGUGCAAAAGGAUCUUGAAGAAUCGGCAGACUUGGCCAAUAUCAACAGUCGAAUCAAGGACACAGCAUUUAUACUGGCUGAUUUUAAUAAACGGCGCGAAAAAGGACGGAGUCGCUCAGAAUACUUACAAAUCUUUGUGAAUGACCUCUCUACAUAUUACUCUUACAAUGUCUACUUGAUGGAGAAGCUCUUGGAUAUGUUUGGUCCUACAGAAGUUAUUGAGUUUUUAGAAGCCAAUGAAUUGCCCAGACCUGUGACUGUUCGCACCAAUACCCUUAAGACUCGUCGAAAGGUCCUGGCUGCAGCUUUGAUUGCCCGAGGAAUUGAUGUGGACAUAAUUAAUUGGUCGAAGGUGGGGCUGAUAGUAAUGCGUACACCAGGCAAUGUGACCCUCGGUGCCACUCCAGAGUAUUUGGCUGGCCAUUAUAUUCUCCAGGGUGCAUCAAGUUUCUUACCCGUAAUGGCGUUGUCACCAAAAGAGGGGGAGAAAAUCUUGGACAUGUGUGCUGCUCCGGGUGGAAAGUCAACUCAUAUUGCUGCAAUAAUGAGAAAUACAGGGAUGGUUGUGUGUAAUGACUUGAACCGUGAUCGUGUUAAAGCGCUGGUUGGUAACUUUCACCGCAUGGGAAUCACCAACUCUGUGAUAACUUCACAUGAUGGCAGAGCUUUUCCUAAGAUGAUGCCACGUGCCUUUGAUCGUGUUCUCUUGGAUGCGCCGUGCUCGGGUACUGGUGUCAUUAGUAAAGAUGAGCGAGUUAAAACGAGCAAGGACCAAAAAGAUGUACAGAGGUGUUCACAUCUUCAAAAAGAAUUGAUCUUGGCUGCCAUCGAUUCAGUUCACAAAUUUGAUGGCCAAACGGGUUACAUAGUUUAUUCUACUUGCUCUAUCCUGGUCGAGGAAAAUGAAGCAGUGGUUGAGUACGCACUCAAGAAAAGAAACGUGAAGUUGGUUCCUACAGGCUUAGAUAUUGGCAAGCCUGGGUAUGUCAAGUACAGAGAGAAUAGAUUUACUCCUACAAUGCAACUCUGCAAGAGAAUAUAUCCCCAUGCCUAUAACAUGGAUGGAUUUUUCAUUGCAAAACUGAAGAAGCUGGGGGAAAUGGAGACAAAAUCCACAGAUGAUAGUGAAACCAAUUAAUUUAUAUAUAUUUUUAACACCUUAGACUAUUUUUUAAUUGUCCAAAAAUGCUAAUUUUGAAUUGUAUAAUAAUGGCAAAGAAUAUAUGUAAAAGUUGUC